AUGGCCGAAGUGAUGGCUGCCCUCGGUGGCGCAGCAGCGUUCGCUCAACUAUUCCACUAUACUAUCGUUCUCUCUACCACUGCCUCAGCCUUGUCUCAUAGCAUACGGCAUGCACCGGAAAAGAUACAAGCUUGGUUGAAUCAUUCAACGGUUAUGAUUUCGAUACUAGAUGAAGUCCAAGGCACAGCCACCAAUCUUCAUCCAGCUAUGGCCGGCCUAAUUUGGCAGUGUCGUGAAGAUACCACCAGGCUUCAGUCUCUGUUACAACCUUUCCUUACAAACGGUUCCAGCCGAGUUCCGUCCAAGAUCAGUCUGCGUGUGUUCGUGGUGCGGAGGGAAGCAGAAAUAGAGCGAACAGUAGCCUCCUUCCGGAGUACCUUUAACACGUUGGCUUCAUAUCUGAACGUAUUAUCUCUCAAACAAACAAUCGCCCAUUCGAGCACACAAAGCGGCGGAUCUGUUGUGUCUCUGUAUCAAUUCCGAAAUGGAAGCGUUGCACAGAGCCUUCUCGCCAUGCUAUCAUUUUUCGACAAUGCUAAAGUCUCCAUGCAAUAUCUGCGCAACAUGUUUGACCAAGAGUCUCUGUAUCUGGCAGUGGCCGAUCUGCUGUCAAAGUCAUUAUUGCGACAAGAUCUUCCAGGGGACGCUAUCCAGAUAGAUUCAUCGGCACAAGAAAUCAUUCGGUCGGAGCUCAUGAUGUCCAAUGAUGGCUCCCGGCACCUUGUAUUCGCUAUCCAGUCAUUGACUAAAGGGUUUCGUGAACACCUUACUCGACCACGGACACUUCGUCGAGUUUCCAGCCUGCACAUGCAUGUCUCCACUGUACUGAAUACUGCAAUGGAGUCACCACCUGAACUUGUCAACUUUGCAGGAGCCGCAACUCUGGCUGUUCAUUACUGUAUGUACUUGAUCACAAUGGGUUACUUCAAAAAAGCCUUGAAAUUCGUCUUGAUGUUCCAGAACUGGGGUGAGCGUGUGCUGCAUGCCCAUUUCGACGCGAAAACAUCACUGCGGGCUAAGGAAGCCGUCGCACGUGUUUUACAGGGUGAUAACGAUACUGCUCUACAUAUUUUUCAUCGCAUCAACCGUUCUAGGACCAGAAACCUCGGGAAAGACGACAUUCGCACUCUGCAUAGCAUUAACGGGCUAGGCCUAGCCUAUCAUGCAGUCGGCGACAACGAAAGAGCAGCACAGUACCAUCAAAAAGCUCUAGUUGCAAAAAACGCGACCCUAGGAUCAAACGAUCCAGAUACUCUAGUCACGGCAAACAACCUUGGUAUAGUUUUGCAGAGUCAAGGAGAUAAUAAAGCCGCCCAUAAGUUGUUUAGCCGCUCGCUCAAAGGCUGGCUGCAGACCUAUGAUGUGGACGACCUUUUGGUACUCACAGCAAAAAGCAAUUUGGGUAUUGCACUUCAUUUUCAGGGUCUUCUUGAGGAAGCUGCCUACAAUCAUCGCUACGUGUUCAGAAAGCGGUAUCGUAUAUUGGGCGCGACUCAUCCCGAGACGAUCAAAAGUAAAGCCAAUCUUGCUAUCACGAUCAAUGAGCAAGGGCAGCAUGCGCAGGCCGAAGUACUUUAUCGCGAAGCUCUCACUUCCUUCCAGGAUGAGUUAGGUGACUCACACCCAGACACCCUGAAGACACACACAAACCUUGCUACUGCCCUUCACGACCAAGGCAAGUUCGAUGAGGCGCAUUCUGUUCUGGCUUCAGCGAUACCACUCAUACGGACAAAAUAUGGGCGAACGCAUGCUGAGACAUUGGAAGCUAUAGAAUUCCGAUCCAUUCUUCUGCAACACCUGGGAAAGUUCUCCAAGGCUCUUGAUAUCGCUACAGAGGUAUAUGAAGUCCGCAACAAGCAAUAUGGGUACGAUCAUGAGGACACACAGAGGAGCCUUCGCCAUGUGAGAGACUUGGCAGAGGAUUGCGAAGAAGCGCAUGUUAUGCAGAGGUUUUCUUCAGGCAUGGCGGUUGUGGCCUGUUAG